GCAGGCAGAGCGAUCAUGUCACACAAACAAAUUUACUAUUCGGACAAAUAUGAUGACGAGGAGUUCGAGUACCGGCACGUCAUGUUGCCCAAGGACAUAGCCAAGCUGGUCCCUAAAACCCAUCUGAUGUCUGAAUCUGAAUGGAGGAAUCUUGGUGUUCAGCAGAGUCAGGGAUGGGUCCAUUAUAUGAUCCAUGAACCAGAACCUCAUAUCUUGCUGUUCCGGCGACCACUACCCAAGAAGCCAAAGAAAUGAAGCUGGCAAGCUCCUUUUCAGCCUCAAGCUUUACACAG